AUGGUGGCACACAACACCCAAAGUGGUGGAGGAACAUUCGAUCCCAAUUACCAAACCCUUGCCGGAAUCGGAGGGGAUGUUUUCGGUGCGGAUAAGAAAGGAGCAGGCGGAGGAGGUGGCGGCGGUGGAGGCGGUGGUGGUGCACCUCCUGCGCCCAAAGCCGGCGCCGGAGGAAUGGCAGGAACAUUUGAUCCCAACUAUCAAACUCUUGCUGGAGUCGGUGGCGAUGUCUUUGGUGCGGAUAAGAAGGCAGCUGGUGGUGGUGGGGGUGGAGGAGGAGGCGGAGGCAAGCCUGUGGCUCCUGCAAAUCAGGGUGCAAAAGCGGGUACUUUCGAUCCGAACUAUCAAACGUUGGCUGGUAUUGGUGGUGAUGUGUUUGGAGCAGACAAGAAAGCCGCUGGUGGUGGGGGUGGAGGAGGCGGCAAAGGCGGCGGAGGCGGCGGAGGCAAGCCUGUGGCUCCUGCAAACCAGGGUGCAAAAGCGGGUACUUUCGAUCCGAACUAUCAAACGUUGGCUGGUAUUGGUGGUGAUGUGUUUGGAGCAGACAAGAAAGCCGCUGGAGGCGGUGGAGGCGGCGGCGGUGGAGGCAAGCCCGUAGCUCCUGCGAACCAGGUGGCCGCCAAAGCCGGUACAUUUGACCCGAAUUAUCAGACAUUGGCCGGAAUCGGUGGCGAUGUGUUUGGUGCAGACAAGAAAGCAGGAGGUGGAGGAGAGUCGGCGGUAAGCCUGCACCACCAAAACCACCAGCAAACCUGGGUGCUAAAGCAGGCACGUUUGAUCCAAACUAUCAGACUCUCGCUGGAAUUGGAGGCAACGAAGUGUUUGGUGCCGACAAGAAGAGAUGAUCUCGCUAAUUUCCCAAAUUUUUUGGAAAUAAAAUUAAUUUGA